AUGGAAGACGCCAAAUCAGAAAUUUCGCUGCGGGUCGACAGUAAGGUUACAGAAGGAAAAUCGCGCGGCGCAAAGUUCCGGCAAUGCGUCAAGGUCUUCCUAACGCACCUCUUAUCUCAACUCGGUCUUUGCCUCUUGGUUGUGGCGUACGCUGUCGGGGGGGCUUUCCUAUUCAAAUCAAUCGAGGCCGAAAAAGAAACCAUAAACCGCCAACAAGUUCGCGUUUCUCGAUCUCAUUGCCUCGACGACAUGUUCAACAUCACCGAACGCCUCAACGUCUUCGAGAGGGCCCGCUGGAUACGAGCCGUCGAGAGUCGAUUGAGAAAGUAUGAGGAAGACGUCGUGAAAGCGGUUCGCGACAAUGGCUACGAUGGGAACGAUAGCGACCAACCUGUGCAAUGGACAUUCUCUGGAGCUUUACUAUACUGCAUCACCGUCAUCACAACGAUCGGCUACGGUCACAUCGCACCGAAAACGAAUGAAGGAAAAGUUGUCACAAUCCUCUACGCUCUGGUCGGAAUCCCCCUGAUGCUCCUCUGUCUAUCAAACAUCGGAAACGUCCUCGCCGGUUCUUUCAGAUUUGCCUAUUCGAAAAUGUGCUGUUUGUGCAUAAUUCCGCCGCAGCCUAGAUCAAUGCUCCCCAACGGAUUCGAAGGCAGUUCGCCGAACUCGGUAUCUGUGGCUCCAGCGAGAAUUCCUGUGUGUUUAGUGAUGCUCUUCGUAGCGUCCUAUAUUUGCGUUGGAGCUGUAAUCUUCUCGAAGUGGGAAGGCUGGACGAUCUUGAAUGGAGCUUAUUUCUGCUUCAUCACGCUGAGUACGAUCGGCUUCGGGGACUAUGUACCAGGUCAGAGUACAUUCGGCUUCGAUCCCACCACGAACACUUUGCAGGACAGAGACGCUCAAUUAAAGCUGAUUAUAUGCUGUCUCUACCUCAUUAUGGGUCUUGCCAUCAUCGCUAUGUCGUUCAAUCUCGUCCAGGAAGAGGUGAUCCUGAAGUGCAAGGACGUCGCGCGCCACCUGCGACUCCUGGCUCAUGUCGAUGAUUAGGCGACGCAUGCUUCGGUCACCCCAGUCACACCGGUUUCUCUCUUUCGAAACGCUCAUUCUACACCGACAAGUUCAGCAGAUCAACUCCUUACGGUUGUGAUAACCGAUGAACGGU